AUGAGCCAGCAGACGAUAUAUAAAAAAACGGCAGAAACAUGGUGCCAGCCACAGGGGCAGGCACGCGGGCCCUGGAUCAGGGGUGUGCCGCUACCCCUGCCGGUAUGGGCCCAUUACGAGGCACCAGCCCUGACUGUAUCCACGGUCGAACAGUAUGAGGAACUGGCAGGCAGCGUUGAACUAGAAACGCAACACCUACUGCGUGAGCAUCGCUAUGACACCAUCGGUAACUUUCUCAAAUUCUACAAGGAUUAUACCGCAAGUGGUGAAAGUGUACUGGAGAGAUUCUACAAUAAAUAUCAACCGCUCAUCACACGGGAACAUCACACGUGCGUGGGUUUGGGAUUUGAAUUGCUACACCGUUUGAGGGGUUUAAACAAGCGAUUUCCUGGCAUAGCAAGUGGCCUCUAUUUGGUAUCCUGUGAAGAGACGAUUGACAAUGUUGCUAAUUACGUUGGUGGACCACCAGCGGCAGAUAGUAGGGAGAAGGAACACGUACUUGUGUGCCUAAAAAUCGAAAUAAACGAGAGAUACGGAGUUAUGCUCCUCGACCCUGGAUAUCACGUAGCUCGGGUGAUCACUGUAAUGGAGGACAAGAUGUAUCCACACACGGGUUGGUUCGUUCAAUCAGACGAACCAGAUUGUAAAAUGGAGUACAAUUACUUUUUGUGCGCUAACGAUCCCGAUUACAUUGAAUGGCAUGAGAGGAAAACUAGGUCCGGCGCCUUGGCAAGGACGCAGAUCGCUCUUAUAUACGUGGCAAGGCCUUACCUGACUGCCAUUGACGUUACCGAACGCAGAAAUCUAGUUUAUAACUUUAGGAGUCUUCUCGCGAGAGAUACCAAGGGACACGUUACAGCUGGUUUAUAUUUCCCUAUUGUGCUGGACAUGAACAAUUCGCAGACUUUUACAAUUUUCUACCAAACCAACAAUGGCAAAAAGAGAGUGAAAAUGACGUUCGAUAAAUUCUGCAGUUCGCCAAAGAUAAAUCCUGACGAUGAAGAAAAAGAAAUUCUUGGCGAAUGCGCUCGACAAUUAGGUCUCUUGCAAGAUACCUUGGAAGAUCUGCUAUCUGCUCUUGCUACGGUUAUGAGCGAUUCGGCGUUCGUGGCCCAACUCCUGGCAAUUAAUUCGAGGAUCAGCACCUUAGCGAAGAAUAUUUAACAGAAGUCAAUCUGCCCCACAUGGUGCAGACCGGAUAUAAUGCAUCAUUUCUUUUGCUGGCUUUCCUCCUACUUUUUUUUCGUUUUCUUAACCAUCAUGUUAAUGCUUUACUACGUGCUGCAAACAUUAAUUUUAUUCUUGUUACGGGAUAGAGUGUAAUAUUUUUUUAAAAAGACUACGUAUUUACGUUAAUGACAAUUCCAUGAGAAUCCUAAUGCGAUGUAUUAAUUAUUCUUUUGGGGUAUUUGUGUUCUUAGAAUUCAGUAAUAGCAUGCUUUUCACUUUAUUGCUACCUGUAUAAACAUUUAGUCAUGGCCGGUUUCCGAAUUUUAGAAAAUUUAAUGACAAUUUUAUUGACACAAUGCUAAAUAAUGUUAGUUUCUUCUUGCUUGUAUUUGAGAAAACAGCGUAAAAAAAGGGUACUAGGUAUGAUUUAUUAUUCAAUCUUAUUUGUUCUUGGUGUAAAAGGUGGGAUUACAUUAUACUGAAUCUAUAAUUUUUAUUUCAAUAAACAGUGAUGAAAAUGAUUA